AUGGCACAGAAAGUAAUGGAACUUUUUAGUGAGGUCACUGCUGUUGUGCAUUCAUUAGUGAUGGAAAAUGAGCAAUUCAAGGGUAGAGUUGAAAGUCUCGAAAGAGCGGCCUCGGGUAGGUCGGUCCAGAAUGAACAAAACCUAAACUGUAGAACUGACGACAUAUUUCUUCUGAGUUUUCUACGAGCAAGAAAAUUCGACAGAGAAAAAGCAUUAAAAUUGUUGAAGAAUUAUUACUCGACCAGAAAGAAAUAUCCAAAUGUUUUUAAGAAUCUAAGACCAUCAGCGCUAGAAGAAUUUCUGCAAAUGAAUAUAUUCUCAUCUACAAGGUUCGACAACGACAAAGUUUUGGGUAUAGCAUUAACUAGCCGUUGCGAUCCAACGAAAGUGAGAAUAAUUGAUUUAAUAAAAUGCAAUAUAGUUUUGUUAGAUUUAGAACUAAAUGAUCAUCCGAUUCAAGUAAAUGGAUGUACUACAAUAAUAGAUUUUGAUACAUUUUCUUGGAAACAUAUGAUUCAGUUUACUCCUGGAAUAAUUCAAUUAUGUGUUUCUUGCACAUAUCAAUCAAUUCCGAUUCGGUACAAGACCAUUCAUUUUUUCAACUGCAAUAAAUAUGUGAGAAUACUUUAUGCAAUGUUUUCUCCGCUUCUACCUCGAAAAAUAAAAAAACGAAUUCGUUUGUAUGGUUCAGAUUUCACAGAACUUCACAAAGAAAUCGAUCCAAAAUAUCUUCCUGCAGAACUUGGUGGAAAGUUACCUUCGUUUGAUACUUCUGAAUUCAAUCAGCGAUUAAGAGACAACGAAGAACUUUUUAUAGAAAAUGAAAAAUAUUGGACUUAAGAGAAGAAUAUUUAGGAACAACGAAUAUAAAACCGAAAGAUUUUUGGUACAUACUUAAUGUAAUUUUUAUUAUA